CCCACUUGUCUUAAAUUCAUCCCAAAAUUUCAAAAGGCGACUUCCCAGAGAGGCACCGACUCAGCCUCUCUCUCUAUCUCCCUCGGUGUCUCCGCCUCUCUCCCCAAAUCGGAAAUUCCCAAGCCCCUCCCUGGAAUCUCCACAAUCCCGCACCGCUCGAAACGCCGUCGUUUUCAACAAUGGCGGCGAUUUCGAAUCUCGCCGGAUGCGGUCACGCCGCCGGGAGGAGCAGCGCAGUCAGUUUCGGAGAGAGGAGGUACUCCGAGCUCCGUUCACUUCCCUGUUUGAAUUCUCGGAUCUCUUUUCCCUCUAAGACUCAGUUAGCUGUUGGCCACUUGGGCAAGGCUGACAAAAGACUUGGUGUUCGUAUGGCAUUAGUCAAUGACAGGGUUGCACAAAGUGGAAGUUUGGCCAAGGCUUCUGAAAUCCUGGCAUUUGAUCUUGUUCAAGGGGCACUUGUAAAAUGGAGUUCUGUUAUGGACAAGUCAUUGCCCGAGCCCCCAACAGCUGUUUUUCUGCAUGGAAUUCUAGGUAGCAGGAAAAAUUGGGGAACAUUCACUAGGAGAUUGGCACAGGAAUUUCCAACGUGGCAGUUCCUAUUGGUGGACCUGCGGUGUCAUGGUGAUUCAGCCUCAGUUAAGAAAACAGGCCCCCAUAAUGUUUCUUCAACCGCUCUUGAUGUCUUAAAACUAGUUCGGCAGCUUAGAAUAACACCUCGAGUUUUGGUUGGUCACAGUUUCGGGGGGAAAGUUGCCUUGAGCAUGGUGGAGCAAGCUGCAAAGCCCCUUGCACGACCAGUCAGAGUUUGGGUUCUAGAUGCUACUCCAGGAAAGGUUCGUCCUGGUGGGGAUGGGGAGGACCAUCCAGCAGAAUUAAUAUCUGUCCUAAGUACUCUACCCAAAGAGGUUUCCUCAAAGCGGGAUGUUGUGGAAGCUUUAGUUCAAAAAGGAUUCUCCAAAGAUGUGGCACAGUGGGUGGUUACUAAUCUUCGACCUAGUGGUCCUCUUGGUUCAACACCAUCCACCUUCUCUUGGACAUUCGAUCUCAAUGGAAUUUCUGAAAUGUAUCAAUCUUAUGAAGAAACAAAUCUAUGGAAAAUUGUAGAAGAUGUGCCCCGAGGUGUCCAUGUGAACUUCUUGAAAGCAGAAAGGAGCUUGCACAGAUGGGCUCUAGAAGAUCUCCAGAGGAUUCAUGCUGCUGAGGAGCUUGCUGUUGAGGAGGGAGGUGGAGUUGAAAUGCAUGUCCUUGAGGCUGCAGGUCACUGGGUGCAUGCAGAUAAUCCGGAUGGGCUCUUUAGGAUUCUUUCUUCUUCUUUCCAGUGAGUCAAAACUUCAGGGAGCUUUAGCAUGGUCAGAAUUCAGAUAUAAUAGCAGCUGUAGCGUUUGUGUGAAAGAGAAUAUACAAACUGUGUUUCUCCGUAAUAUAUAAUUAUAUACAUCUAUGUAUCGUAAUGAAUUUCUAUCUUUUAUCUAUCUGGUUCUCUUUUUUGGUC